AUGGUGAAAGCUUCUGACGACAAUUUUGAACCUGUCUUUAAUCAGCUUUUGAAGGCCGAAGUUAAAGUAAUAUUUCAAACAUCCACAUCCAGAAAAGCAGAUGCACCUAAAGGGAUAAACUCUUCUACCAAUGCUGUUGCUCCAUUUUUCCAAAAGAGUGGAAAGAAGUUAUCAUAUACAAGUUUACUAGCGAAAUUGUUGUGUCCAAGUUUGCUGAAUUUGAUUUCCGAAAAUCAGACUGCCGCCAUUGAGAAGUUGGUUCCGUUUGAAUUAUCACGUUCUUUCUAUUAA